UUGAAGUUUGAAGUAUCUAUUGUUUUUCAAAUGUAACAGGUCGUAAACAAAAUGAAAUUUUGAUGUGAACUGUAUUUUAUUAGUUGUUGAGUAAUAAACUUUUAAAUGGAUUGUGAUCAAUUGUAAAUGAGUUGAUAAUUUGUUUAGCUAUAGUAUUGCUGAGUACUAUACAUACAUAUUUAAUUAUACAAAAAUAAGGAUUACUAGGAAUCUUCAAUAAUGCAGCCUGGCAAUGCUAGGGAAAUGAAGUUCAAUCCUCCCCAGGUUAUGAGCCUGAGGGAGAAGGAGGAAUAUAUAUCCAAUUUCAAUUUUCCUUUUUGUGAUGAAUCAACUAAAUAUGAAAAAGUUGCGAAAAUUGGUCAAGGAACGUUUGGAGAAGUGUUCAAGGCUCGAGAUAAAAAAAACACUAAGAAAUUUGUGGCUAUGAAGAAAGUUUUGAUGGAUAAUGAGAAAGAAGGGUUUCCUAUAACAGCUCUUAGAGAAAUAAGAAUACUUCAACUAUUGAAACAUGAGAAUGUUGUGAAUCUGAUUGAAAUAUGUAGAACUAAAGCCUCAGCAGCAAAUAGAUACCGUUCAACAUUUUAUUUGGUGUUUGAUUUUUGUGAACAUGAUCUUGCUGGACUAUUAUCUAAUGUCAACGUUAAAUUCAGCUUGGGAGAAAUAAAAAAAGUGAUGCAACAGUUAUUAAAUGGACUAUAUUAUAUUCAUAGCAAUAAGAUUUUACAUAGAGACAUGAAGGCAGCCAAUGUGUUAAUAACUAAGAAUGGUGUUUUAAAACUGGCAGAUUUUGGAUUAGCUAGAGCUUUCAGUAUAAACAAGAAUGGACCUAAUAGAUUCACAAAUAGAGUAGUUACUCUAUGGUACAGACCCCCAGAACUUCUGUUAGGUGAAAGGAAUUAUGGCCCCCCUGUUGACUUAUGGGGAGCAGGUUGUAUUAUGGCAGAGAUGUGGACUAGGUCUCCUAUAAUGCAAGGAAAUAGUGAACAGCAGCAAUUAACUCUCAUUUCCCAAUUGUGCGGUUCAAUCACACCAGAAGCAUGGCCUGGGGUUGAGAAUUUGGAUUUGUAUAAAAAAAUGGAACUUCCACAAACUCAGAAAAGAAAGGUCAAAGAGCGGUUGAAGCCAUAUUUAAAAGACCCUUAUGCCAUUGACUUAUUGGAUAGGCUUCUUGUGUUAGAUCCAAGCAAAAGAGCUGAUUCAGAUACAGCUUUAAAUCACGAUUUUUUUUGGACUGAUCCCAUGCCUUGUGAACUUGGAAAUAUGCUUGCCAAUCAUACACAGAGCAUGUUUGAAUUUUUAGCACCUCAAAGAAGAGCUACACAGCAAACACGUCACCAUACUUUGCCAAGGCCUGCUGUUUCAAGCAUACAAGAUGGUGGUUACCAGGAUAGAGUUUUCUAGUCUUCCUUAUAUUUUAUAUUUCUAUUAAUUAAUAAUUGACAAUUAUAAGAUGUUAUUUUUUAUGUAAUAAAUCGAAUCUAAAUAGA